UAAUAUGUAUACGCUUGCCGAUCGGGUUAUUGAACAUCGCCAGCUCGAUUGCGACAAGGAAAACAAAGCACCCCUUAGCCGAAGCACCAUGCCGGCCGGCCACCUGAUAAUGAAGCCAUGUCAAACUAUGAGAGAAUCGUCGGCGACAGCCCCGUUCAAAACUCGCACUAGACAGCCUUUAGCUCAAGGAAAAGACACUGCGUUUCUUUCCCACUUGGCCAAUCGGACGGACCCCGCGCACUUGAAGGGAAGUAGUAGCUGGGAUGAGUAUGAUUGCUCCGUUGCUCUCCUGAAUCUGGCACAACAGGAACCAAAGGCCGUGCACGCUAGUCCCGAGAAGAGCAACCGGUCCAGAAAUGUGUACUGCCAAAGUGGCCAGACAGCUAUCGGAGUCCGGAAACAGAUGACCUCGACUGCACCGAAACAAAAGCAUGGCAACUAUAGCAAGGUGACAUUCCACAGAACCAAGCCUGGGUGCACGAAACAACUUAGAAAAUUAGAAAUUAGCGGUGGAAGCACGUCAAAAUCAAGCACUUUAGAUGAUUUACAGACACGUAGGCGGAUCGGCAUGGCACUCAAUCUUGGUGACCGUUUUAAGGUUUUGAAGAUGCCGAGUGAGCUUGUAAAAAGACCAUCACCAGGUCAGAAAAUGGAUCUCAGGAUCAAAUGGCGCCAGAGAUAGUACCCAUUCUAGUGAUACAACCUCACACAAAUGAGUCUGUAUUGGGCCUCGUUAUCUAUAUAGCGAUUGGUCUCAGACUGGACACCUUUGGCAUUGCCGAUCAAAGUUGCGGGGACAGCACUAAGAGAUAAUUCAUCAGGCCAGCAAACGAAUCACAAGACGAUCCUAGUCACUACCACACUUGAUUAUUUGAAAUAUCUGAUGGGCUUCUGCUUCCUUUUCUAUUGUCCGGGUAUGGAACGGGACUUCCAUUCUAAUAACGGCAAUAGUCAUCGAAGCGAAACAUUAAUUCUAGCAACAUAGAGACUGCGAGAGUAGUACAUUUUUUUAGCUCAACGAGCCGUGUAAGUAAUGCGGAGUCAUACAGCCUGAUAGUAGCUUAGUAAUUAAUAAUGUAUAAAAUGACCUAUUUUUUUUUAUGGCUUCUGAACUUCAUAAAUGGGCGUGAGCAUACAUGUCAUAAAAUGCAUCCCAUGAGGUCUUAAGCUGAUACACUGGUAUUAAAAAAUGAACGCGG